AAAAGCAAUGGCUCCAUGCCUGAAGGUGAAUUAACAGACGAACAAAAAUUAAAAUUAUUACAAAAUCUAAGCGACGAUGAAGAUGAAAACCCUGAAGUCCUUGACGCUGGAGCCGUAAAGAGAAUGCUCCUCAGUUUUGAGAAGCAGGUACUCAAGAAUCAAGAAAUGCGGAUCAAGUUUCCUGAUCAACCUGAUAAGUUUAUGGAGUCUGAGCUAGAGCUGAACGAUGAGAUACAGUCACUCCACAUCAUAAGCACCGUCCCUCAGUACUACAGCCUGUUAAUAGGGGCGAGGACUAUCAACACACUCUGUGGCCUACUCACUCACGAUAACUCUGACAUAUGUAUUGCUGUCAUUGACCUGCUACAGGAACUAACAGAUACUUCUUCUAUUGAUGAAACUGAAUAUACUGAGGCACUGGUGGAAGAACUGCUCAACGAGAAAGUAAGGAAAUAUUGAUG